AAAAAAGGAGUUGGGCUGAGAAAAAUUCCUGAUUUCAGUUAAAAUACUUUCAAAAUUCUGAAAGUGAGGGAAUUGGCUACAAUCCUCUUGUAAACUCCAGAAAAUUCUGCAUUUACACAAAGAGAGUGAGAAAUGGAAGAAUUGAGAUCAGCAAUGGAGGAUCAUAUGAAUCAAAUGGCGGAUCUUAUUCAGAAAUUAUCAACUGAACUUCGUUCUGGUUUCGCUCCUGCUUAUGAUAAUUUUUUGGGGUUUUUCCACGCCAUUGAUUGGAAGGAGCCGUUUUUGAUGGGCUUAUUGGGAUUCCAUGUGCUGUUGUUGCUGACAACUAUCCUCUCCAGGAGGCAUAUCAACUUCCAAAUGUGCCUGUUCCUUCUUUCUUUGUCUGGUGUAUAUCUUGCUGAAAAACUGAACCGGUUUCUGGGAGCUCAAUGGCAAAGUUUUGCUACUCAGAACUAUUUUGACCCACAUGGAAUUUUCAUAUCUAUACUAUGGUCUGGCCCACUUCUCGUUAUUGCAAUGUUAAUCUUGGUAAAUACCCUCUUCUCUUUGUGCCAUCUGAUUGUUCGCUGGAAAAGGGCCGAGCUCAGACACCGUGCCAAACUUCAGAAGAAGGAGAAUUAAGUUUGUUUACGGAUAGUAUUGUUGUCAAUUCACAAAGUUUAUUCUUCUGAUGAAAAGCAAAGAAUGCACUGCAUGAUCUUCUUAUGGUUCAUUGUCGAAAGGAACCCUCUUUAGUGCCAAUCACUAGUUUUGGACAUUUAGGUUAUAGUCUUACAGGGAUCGUGUUCCUCUAGAUUUGCAACUAAGCGAAUGACCUCUACUUAUGACUUGAGUGUGAAUUUUGGAUUUAGUUGUCUGCUGUCCGAAAAACGAUCCUCGAUAAGCUUUUUAGGACCAUUUGCUGGUCUAGAAGUAUUGUUAGGCUCUGUUUACGGCCAGUGAUUCGGACUUUCAGAUCAUGAUCCUGAUUCCUCCAGUCGCUGUGGGCACUGGGCACCGUGAAUGAAAAACUUUUUACUCGUAAUUUUAUUGCAUUGGUCUUAUCGACGAAAGGCAAAAUGAAGGGACUUUCCCCUGUAUAACUCUUGUAUUUUCCUUUUUACAAUUCAGAAUUCCUAUAAAUAUAUUGCAUUGGGCUCUAAUUAUA